CGAGAGCCGCUCGUCGAGCAGCUCCCCACACUACCGGAACGCGAAGCGAUGAACGUCCUGAUGCUGCGUCGAUCGGCCGCGGCCGUGGCCGCCAAGCAGACUCUGGGUCGCGCGGCGGCCGGCAGCGCGCGCGGCAUGGCCAACAUCCCAGCGCCCGGCAAGCCGGACCCCAAGCCCACGUGGGGCGAGGUGGUCGAGAAGAUGUCGGACACCUUCUUCCUCUCGGACGUGUUCCGCGCCACCUGGCUGGCCUGGGAGAUCCACGUGGAGCGCAAGGUCACCAUCAACUACCCGUACGAGAAGGGCAUGCUCAGCCCGCGCUUCCGUGGCGAGCACGCGCUGCGUCGCUACCCGAGCGGCGAGGAGCGUUGCAUUGCCUGCAAGCUCUGCGAAGCGAUCUGCCCCGCCCAGGCCAUCACCAUUGAGGCGGAGCCUCGUGCCGAUGGCGCGCGUCGUACCACGCGCUACGACAUUGACAUGACCAAGUGCAUCUACUGCGGCUUCUGCCAGGAGGCGUGCCCCGUGGACGCCAUCGUCGAGGGCCCGAACUUCGAGUUCGCCACCGAGAGCCACGAGGAGCUGCUGUACGACAAGGCCAAGCUGCUGGCCAACGGCGACAAGUGGGAGUUCGAGAUUGCCAAGAACCUCUCGGUGGAGCAGCUGUACCGUUAA